GAAACCUGUCAUUGAUCAACUAUCCUGUGCUUCAAAGUUCUGACACAAAAUGGUCAGCUGAGCCAAUGGAAUUCACAGCACCACACCCGAAAACAGUUCUAUUUCAUAUUAACACUUCCUUCAACAACCAUAGAAAACCUCAUCCAUACAUGACCUGCAACACACACAUCAGUCCCAGGGUAAGCACCCAUCGUCCCUGUCCCUCCAAGCUUUCAAUUCCAAUUCAGUUGCUUCUACUCAGACCCCAGUACAAACAACCCCAACCCAUCAAAUCACCCACCAAGAAAAGCACCACCACCUCAGACGUUUUGCGUUUGAUGAACAGUUUGAACCUUCCCAUACCCAAAGACAUCUACAUUUCCCUCAUCAAAGAAUGCACCGAAACCGGAGACCUUAACGGAGCCAUGGAACUAGAUGCCCAUCUCAACCAAAGUAGUUUUCGCCACCAUUUGCCAUUGCUUAACCGCCUCCUGAUUAUGUAUUUGUCUUGUGGUUUUAUCGAAAAUGCCCACCAAUUGUUUGAUAGAAUGCCCAUUAAAGAUUUGAACUCUUGGGCUGCAAUGAUUUUCGCUUAUGUGGAUGAGGAAAAGUAUGAGGAAGCUAUACAUUUGUUCAUAAAAAUGCAACACAUAUACCAAUACCAUUGUAAUGAAGGAAUUCUCAAAUUUCCGGUUUCAUGGAUUGUGGUAUGCAUUUUACAGGCAUGCGUUAGUACAAUGAACUUGGAGUUUGGGAGACAAAUACAUGGCUGGUUAAUGAAGGCAGGCUAUUCCAAUGAUCUGUUUUUGAGCAGCACCUUGGUUAGCUUUUACGGGAAAUUGGGAUGCUUAGAAGGUGCUGACUUUGUUUUUGAUCAAACUUCUGGACGAAACACUGUUGUUUGGACGGCUUACAUUGCCAAUUAUUGUAAGGAAGAGCGUUUCGAUGAAGUUAUUGGUGUGUUUAAGGAGAUGGGGAGGGAAGGAGUGAAGAAGAAUAGCUUUACGUUUUCUAGUGUUCUCAAGGCCUGUGGAAAGUUGAGGGAUGAUGGAUACUGUGGUCGACAAGUCCAUGCCAACACGAUAAAAUUAGGGGUUAAUUUGAAAAGUUAUGUGCAGUGCGGAAUGGUUGACAUGUAUGGGAAAUUUGGGUUAGUGAGAGAUGCUAGAAGGGUGUUUGAGAUGAAUGGUGUAAAGAAAAAUGCUGCAUGCUGGAAUGCAAUGCUUAACGCUUACAUACAACAUGGAUGUUGCAUUGAGGCUGUUAAGGUACUUUAUGAGAUGAAGGGAGCUGGAAUGCCAGGUUUUCCUCUGUUAACUGCUCCCAAUCACUGGCUGGUGGUUCUUAUCUUUUCUAUGGAACUUUGGAAGCAUCCUGGCAUGGCAAUUCCACAAUUGGCUAUACCUGGGAUGGAUAUUGAUACUUCUGGAAUGCCAGGUUUUCCUCUGUUAACUGCUCCCAAUCACUGGCUGGUGGUUCUUAUCUUUUCUAUGGAACUUUGGAAGCAUCCUGGCAUGGCAAUUCCACAAUUGGCUAUACCUGGGAUGGAUAUUGAUACUUGUUUUUGAUAGAUUGCUAUAUUUCUGGAGAUUUUACAUUCUUUCAAGGCUUCAGAUAUGAGAGAUUGAUUGCCAUAUUUCUGGGUGUUGGAGCAGCAUCUUUCUGAUGCAGCAAGUGUAGAAAUUGCAAUAGGUAUGUGAACGGUAGUCUUGGCUGAGUGUGUCUAUAAUUUGUAUAUUAAGAAUUUGGCGCAGUGGUUAAGUUUAUUCCAUUUAUCACCUGGGUAUCACAGGUUUAAGUUGCGAAAAUAAUCUUUGUACAUAGGUCUAGACAGCAUACAUAUCUAGUUCUCGUCGAUCUCCAAAGUGGUGAAAGCCUCAUACAUUAGGCUGUCUUUUCUAUUUAUGUUGUUGCUGUUGUAACUUGUAACUGGUGAUAGGAUGAAGUGUAGCAUUUAAUGAAUUGCCG